AUGUGGAUUCAGCCCGGGGCGCGUUUACCAGAGUUUGGACCUUCACUGGUGAUUCUUUCGGUUGGACCGCGUGCUGAUGACUGGUCCUUUUCCUGGGACCCCUGUGUAGAAGAGCUGUCAGGUGAGUUCUGGACAACACUUGAAGAUGCUCAAAGAAAAGUCCCAGGAGCUUGGGUAGACGAGGAGGAUGAAGACUUUGAGUGUAUCAUGGGAAACACGUUCUUAUUUCUUUGCAUUCUCAGUGGCUUCUUUAUGUCUCAGAAUGAUUCCACGACUGGUCUUACCGGCUGCGCCAAAUACUGUGGAGAUAGCCCGGGCUGUGUUUCCUUCUAUGCGGAGGACUACGUCCCUGGUCCUGGUGCGCCGACUUUCAAGAUCUGCUUCUUGUUCAAGGGCUAUGAGAAGGAUAUUCCGUUCGGCGAAGGUCAGGCCGGCAGGCCGACGUAUUAUGAGCAGGGCUGCUUCGCUUGUGUUCGUGAUGAGGCGCCUCAGCCGCCUAUCCCAAGUUAAGGGACGAGAUUGAAAGCCUUUAGAAAUACUUGGCCUAAUGGCUAUAAUGUAAUGAAAGAUAGUGGCAACAGUUCUUAUUUCG